AUGAAGAUUCUGGCAGCACUUUGGGCAGUGUCUCUUGUGAGACUAUGUCACUGUGGAGAACAAAAUAGUCUCCGUAGAGAGGUUGCAGAUGUCUCACUUGAUCUCUUGAAUCCAAACGAAGGAUCAGUACAUGUUGCUGGCGACGACAAGGACGGAGUGACUAAAAGGGUAUUUACUCCAAAGGAUGGCUUUGCUCUGACCAAGGUUCUUACCGGGGAAGUGGAAGUAUGGAAGGUUAAAGCUGGUGAGAGAUGCACUCUUGUAGAAGCUUACAGCAAGGGGGACUCCAUGCUGAUCUACUUAAAGGUUGAGAGUGCCACUGGACUAGAUUUAAAGUACCUCGAAGGAGUAAAUGGAACAUGGAAGGACGUCACCAUUACAGAGUUUUACCACAGGCUGGAAGAGAUGAGAAAGGAUGGUGAAAAAUCUCCAGAGGAAGAGAUGGAAAAGCAUUUAGAACGUGCCAAAAGGAGACUAGAGGGGAGUGAAUCUGCUUCUCCAGUUGCUGAAUCAUCUGGUAAUACCAAUGCUAGCGGGAAGAUUAGUGCUCCAAUUAUUCCUUCACCUGAUCAUGUUGAUGGUACUCCUAUUACUCUUGAUCUUGCAAAUCCUGACCAGUCAAAAGUACAUAUAGGUGACCGCUCUGGUAAUGGAGUAAAUUCCAAGAAGUAUUAUCCAAAGGAUGGAUAUGAUAUAGGCUCAGUGACAGAUGGAGAUAAAGAACUUUGGAAAUCAACCGGAGCUGGUCAAAAGUGUUGCUUCGCUAGGUCUUACACAAGGGGAGACUCUUCUCUAAUUUCCAUAGGCAUAAGCAAAGGUG